AUGGAGAGCGAGCAUGAUGAUUCCAUGAUACAGACAUUGUGUGGUGCAUACGACGAUGACGAGGAGCAAGGGCAGAGGUUGGAUGCGAAGAAUAUAGCUAUAUGUCACUUAACACUUAAAGCAUUAUGUUUUAAACAUGGAAUUAAAUUGGGCGCGUCCGGUGAGAACCCCGAGACUGUGAACACUGGGGCAGAUGGCAUAAUGCCAUAUAUGAAAUGUAUACUGACAAAUAUAUUCAUGAAGAGAAUACUUGGACGGAAAUGUGUAGAAGCGGCUGGUGGCAAACAGGCAUUUAGGGCUGCGCAGGCCUUGAUGACUGCGCAAUCCGCCACACCGCGCAAUACUACAUGUGAGGGCAAGGAUUUACAGUCGGGUGACAGCAGCCAGAAUCCGGACACUUGGACAUUGAUGGAAAUAAUGGGAAGGUGGUUUGAUAGGAAUACGACAGGAUUGAAGGACGGUAAUGUAGGAGCAUUAGGGGAAGGUUGCAUGGUAGCAAGAGAAAAGACAAAUGGACGAAAGGACGACCAGUUGGGUGAAUUGAAAGAGAAGGUAAGAAAACAAAUGGAAGAGGUUGGCCAGGAUAUGGCGAUGAAGAUAGCGACAAUAUUACCGCAGGUAAAAACGUGUACAACUACAGAAUGUGUGAAGAGUAUAAUAGAACAAGAGAAGCAAAAGGAUUCUGUUUCCACAGCUCCCAAAGGUAAAGGAGACGGACAGUCGGGACCACCGCCCGGCAAACCCGCCCCAGCAAAACCAGCACCACCACCCGUGACGGGAGCCGGCGAACAGCCGCACAAACCUGCCCCGGCCAAACCAGCACCUGUCAAACCAGUAGCGGCGACACCGGGACCCGCGGUGACACCGGGGGCGACGGCAUCAUCUGGUGGUGGUGGUAAGGCUGGUAAGGGUGCUGCCGGAGGAGGGAAGGAGAACGGGAAGACCGUGAAGGCUGCAAAAGGAGAUAAUUGUGAAUGGAUGAGCAUACAGCAAGACAAGACAAGGCACACACAAGAACUGCAACAAUUGCACACCGUGUUGGGUGCAUUUGCACAACAUAUGCAGACGCACGAGCAGCUCGUGGAUGCAUACGGUGCAAAUUGUGAUAAUUCUGGUUGGAAUGAUUUCGACGACGCCAAAACGCACCAUACGGGGCAAACGGUGGCGGAUAUGAUCAGAUGCAGACUUAUGAGUUCUGCACUGUGGUUUGCGAACAAAGAGGACCCGGACAAGCAGGGUCAGGAUGAAAUGGCCAAUAGGUUCCGGUGUGAAGUAGCCAAUGUAUUUGGGUACAUGCUGAAGAAUCAGUAUUGUAAAAAGGAAGGAUGGAAGAGGGGUGUAGAAUAUGCCUGGAAAGCACUGCAAGAGAUGGGCAAGGACGUAGAUGGGAAGAAGGGGCUCACGGGUCCUGUUAUGGCUGGCAGAUGCACACAAUGUGGUUACGUAGGUAGUAUGACGAAGCUGGGCAUAAUAAAUGGAGACAUCGCACAGUGGUUAGUAGACCAAGGAAUAAUGAGAGAAAUAGCACAGAUACAGCAACAGAUGCCAUGUCAUAAAGAUUGGAAGAAGUAUAAAAAGGAGAAGGGUGGUACUGAUAAUAAGGUUAUAGAAAACGACAAAAUACCGGAAGUGACGGCAAUAGAGAAAAAAGUGGUAGAAGAGACGGAGAAGGUAAUUGAGAAAGUAAAGGACAAAAUAGACCAAGAAAUUGCAAACGGUAAGGCUCAGAGUACCCAUGGAACGAAACCGGUAGCUGGAGGAGGAGGAGACCAGAAAGGGGAGAAGCCGUCGGCACCAUCAGCAGCAGGCACAUCAGGAACAGGAACAUCUUCCGGACAACCACGAUCAGAUUCCUCGGCUGGGGAAGGACAGCCGGCCGCAGGAGGAACAGCCGGGGAAGGACCAGGUCAGGGACCAGGACCUGGACAACAACCCCCACCACCACCACCGAACAACGAACCAUCGGGAAAGGGACCAACGGAGGAGACGACACAACAGUCGUCAACGGACACUCAAGGUGAGGACGAGUGCCAGGACGAUAACUCCGAUACGAAAGCAUCCGGUAUAGAGACGCAUGCGAACUCGCUUGUCACUGUUGCAAGGGGUACGCACACAUACGAAGGCCAGCAGCCUUCAUGCGCCACGCUCAAGGCGCUGGAAGACAACCAGCACGCUGCCACUAGUCCUAACCCAAGUUCAGGGACAGGCGAGGGCAAGAAAACAGAUGCAACGGACGCUGAUGGCAAGGAACUACCAACAGUAGACACUGCAGGCUCGGAACCACAUGGAGCUCCUGCGCAGGAUAAUACAAGUGUGCAGGAUGGUACCAGCAAGCCUGCAAACGGUGGUGCCAGUACAUCGUACGCAAACGUCCAAGCUGGUAACAUAUACGGGGACAUUUUCAUUGGGGCCAGUAUAAUUCCUGAGUCUGAACGCCAGGGUUCCAGUGUGCCCCACCAUGGUAGAGCUCCAGGUAACAGCGUAGUAGAUGCGGGCAAUGAUGACCCCCCUCCUCUCAAUCCACCCAAACCAAAACCGAACCCGAAUCCAGAUCAAACCGGUUCGAGCGGCACACCCACUGAAACAAGAACUCCUGCAGAUGGUGUUUCUGGUGGGGAAGGAAAGGGAGGUGGUGGAGGAGGUUCCCCAUCCUCAGGACCUGGUUCCACUGGUCACCAAAACCCUGGUUCCUCUGGUACUGGUACUGGUAGUACAGGAGGAGAGGGAACUGGCGAUUUCUGCAAGGUCGAUGCGAAAAACAGUAAGGGGGAUGGGACAUGUGCGAAAGAGAGUUCCUCAAGCAAUAGUUCCUCGACUAGUCCCCCAGAUCCUUUCUCUGACUGUAGCACCAAGGACUGUAAAUUCGGCCUUGACCCAGAUGUUGGCCUGAACAUAAAGGACGCAGCCGGGGGAUUUAUGCCACCGAUUCCAGCAGAUGGAACACUCAGUUCAUCGGGCGAUAACCAAGGUGGGAAGGAUGAUGGUUACGCUGUCCCUGACCUAACCGCCGACGUCCUUACCGCCACUACUCCCGUACUCUUCUUCCUGUCCGCCGUCAUCGUCGCCCUCCUUGGUUAUUCCCUUUGGAAAAAUGGAGGUAACAAAGGUGGGGCUUCUGCUAUACAUUAUGAGUUACUUGGGUACACAGAGGGCAAGGCAAGUACACUAGGUACAUCAUCGGCUAAUGUCACAAGCCAAUUUGACACGGUAGAUGCAACUAGAGUUGGAUCGACUACCGUGACAUUGAGUGAUGGAACUGAUGUGGGUAAACGGGGUCAACGUAAUUUUUACGAUGGUCAAUCUACGGGUGCCCCGAAGAAUAGGUUGUUCGAUAGCAUGUGUAAGAAUUUAAAACCCGGGGCCCCACUAAAGAAGCCACAGCACAAGAACAAGACAGCGCCCGAUAUAACUGCACGGAAUAGUUGUAGAAGAGGUUUGAAGAAGUUGACACGUUGUAAAAUGGGGAGAAGAGCAUGGUUGGGGCUUGUAGUAGUGUCCACAGUCCUGUAUUCAUCCUUUAUUUCCAUUAUGCCACAUGUCAUGUCAAUAAUUAUGCAGGAGGGACAAAUUCUCAAUUUAUCGUUUUGGAUGGGCUUGUAUGGAGGUCCCAUACUGAUUACAGUCAUCUAUUCCUGCGUGCUACUAUGUUUCUGCUGCUCGAAGACGGGGAAAUGUUUACUGGAUAAAAUUUGGAAGAAGAAGAAGAAGAAGGAAGCUCCCACAGAAACAGACAACAACAUAGGAGUGAAUAAGGAAUCGAAUAAGACGUAA